AGGAAGUGAGUGCGUCCAUUGAGGGGACGGACCGAAGAAUCACAACAGAAGAGAGACACUCAGCGCGGCUUUAGCUUGUUAGUUUGGAGAAGCUGAAACACGCUGUUGUUUUUCUUCUCUCAUUGUCGAGAGGGGACAUGUCGCGAAAAGCCAAAGAAGAAUAUCAUCGGUUCUUCACCGUUACCGAGCCGCGAACACAUGAGAAGGGACACACCGAGUACAAAGUGACAGCGAGGUUUGUGUCCAAGCGUCAUCCGGAAGAUGUGAAGGAGGUGGUCGUGUGGAGGAGGUUUUCAGAGCUGAAGAAGCUCCACGGAGAGUUGGCCUACACGCACAGGAAUCUGUUCAGGAGACAGGAGGAGUUUCCGCCUUUUCCCCGCGCACAAGUUUUUGGAAGGUUUGAUGAAGCUGUGAUUGAGGAGAGGAGGAAAGCAGCGGAAGCCAUGUUUCUUUUUACUACAACCAUACCUGCACUGUACAACAGCCCACAGCUCAAGGACUUCUUCAGAGGUGGCGAGGUCAUAAGACCUCUGGAUCCCUCUCUGUCCUCCGCGGGGCCCCUGCCUCCCCCUCUCAUCCCCCUCCCCAAGCGGAGAGCUUCGGACUGCGAGCCUGCUGAGGAGGAGGAGGGACGGGAGGCUCCUACCCUGCCCCAGGAUCUGGGCACCAACCUGAGCUUAGAAGUGGGAGAACCGGAGGUGGCGGCCGAGGCCUACACCGAGGUGGGAGGGUCUCCGAGAGAAGAAGAACGAGAGGACCUCAGCGACAUAGACCUGGACGACCGAAUUCCAUCUCCCGACCCGUCUCCUGCCAGAAACCACCAGUCAAGCGAGAACCAGGAAGAAUUUGAUUCACUGUUUGACUCUGUGGCAGAAGAACAAGUUCCAUCUCCAAAGGAGGAAGGUCCUCCUCCGCUGACUGACAACGACCUGGCUGUCUUUGACCCCUGCUACAAACAAGAAAGAUCAAAUUCCUCAACUGACCAUUCAGAACUGUUCUCCCUGCCCACGGCUGGUCUCAAUGAGGGGGAUGCGGGAUACUUGAACCAAGCAGCCAAGGAGCUCACCGCCGCCAUGGACAGAGAGAAGGAAGGAGAAUUUAGUUCUGCUAUUCGCGGAUACAGAACGGCGGUGGAUCUGCUGAUCACCGGAGUACAAGGAGACCCGGAUCCCGUACGCAGGGAGUCGGUGAUGAGGAGAACGGCCCAGUACCUGAAGCACGCCGAGAUGUUGGUUGAAAGGCACUCCUCACCCUCUCACACUCACACACCUACACACGCACAGGACCCGUAGGAAAAUGUCCUUAAACAGAGCUGUACAGACGGAAUAUUCGACCAAGACGAAGAGGGAUGGGGGUGCUGCAUCAGAUGACCUGGACUCAGAUUCACCGGACCUAAAACUCAUGCGGACCUGUUUGCGAGGAGUGGGACUACAGAGUGGAGCAAAAGCAGCCAACAAGUGCUCAGUAUAUGUGAGAGCUCCUUAAAAAACUAUUUCAGGUAACGAGUGAGCAAAGCUGUUAUGAAAGCAGUAGAUGGCUUCUUUUAAGAUUAUAUCAUUUAACAUGUUUUGUGCUGACAGCGUGGUUUCAUACAUGUGUAAAGUAAUUAAUAAUAAUUCCAGUGUGUCCAGUAUUAUUUGACUGGGUAUGGAUGUGUCCAAAGAGAAAAAUAUUGUCUACAAAAGGUACCAUAAUAUAUAAUAUGACGUUUGUUUAAGUUAUUACAAAGGAUUUAUGGCGACUAAACCAACACUUUGUAGUCAGAAAACAUCAUUCGGAUACGUUAGCACUUCUAAAUCUGACCAUGUUAUAAAUGCAGAUCCAAUAUUUUUUUUUUAGCUCGCAUUUGGUCUCCACCACAUACGAAGGAAAAUAAAUAGCUAAAACCUUCUGUGCGUUCACAAGCUAGCUGGUAACUUUGUCUUUCAGGCAUUUGGUGCUUGUCCAAGAAGUUAAACAUGAGUUUAUUACAGAUGAUUCACAGGAAAUUCCUGAGCUUUUAUGAGAAAAUAUUUUUGAUUAUUUUUGUUAGCAUGUUCGUAUACCAAAACGUUUACACAUUACACUUUUUGCAUUAGAUUUUAAAAGCAAAAUUUUGAUAAAGUCACAUGACCCCCUGUGUCAUCUUCGGUGACGCUGUCUACUCAGGCUACUAGAUCUGUUUGGGGAGUAUCCGGCGCUUCAAUGAUGUCAACUAUAGGUUCAUCCUGUAUGUUUGGCUCCAUUUGGGUCCGACUGUGAGAUAGGUUUGUGAUUAGACAACACCAGUUUGAUUUAUUUUUCACAAUAUGUUUGGAAGAAGUAGCUCAAUAAAUGUUUUUAUGUAUAAUUUUAAAUUUUCCACAAACAUAAAGUAAUAAAAUGACAAAAUAAUUCGAGUUUAUACUAUUAAUACGUAUAGCAGGUGCGAAAAAAAGGAAAAGAUUAAAUGAUAAUGCAGCUUUUAUCAAUUUAUCCAAAAACUAAAUAUGGACAAAACCGCUAAGUUGCUCUGUUUCCACAACAACCGCUAACCGCUAAAACUGCUAACUGCUUCCUCUUCUUCCUGUUGUCCAACCAAUAGAGGGAAUGAAUGUGACAUCACAGC